AUGAUGGCGUUUAACCUCGACGAAAUCGAUCAGCACAUGGCGAAUCUCCGCUCUACACUGCGUCUCUUCAGCGAGGCGCUCGAACGUACCGAUCAUAACUCGCCCGACUGGCUUGCGACCGACCUGCUGUCUCUGCGCAAUCAGACUGGCAGGUUGACAGACGGCAUGCAGAAGUUCGCGGAUCAGCUGCAGGCAGAGGGUCUCGCGGAGAGGAAACCACAGGCACCGGCCUCGAACAAGCGUGCACGCCUCAGCCUCGAAGGUGCAAAGCGCCCGACGCCUUCCUCCACGCCGGCGCCUUCGUCACCACAAGUUCCGAAGUCUGCGGCACCUCCGCCAACGCAACCCCAACCCCAGUUCCAGCCUACAAGUCCCCGCGAAGAGUACGAAGUCCAGCGGGUCGAUGUUACAGAAGAGGUCAACCGCCGCCUGCGCGAGGCCCGGCUACGCCGGCUCGUGGACUCGCCUAGUACAUCGCAGAAGCGCAAGUUCGACGCCUACGAGAGUAUGGAAACCUGGGGCGAGACUGACGACAGUACGGAGCAGCAAGAAGACGAUGCCAUGGGACGGAGUCCGUUUAAGAGGAUCCGGGCCAGUGGGACGUUCGAGCCGAUUGCGAGCGUGAUGAAGAGGAAAGAGGGCAGCAUCGCUGUGGGUUUCACCGACAUGGAGAAGGAGGAGCGGGUACAUGUGAAGAGGCGCAAA